AUGACCUUGGGUCUGCCAAUGACAGCUCUCGCGUGCACUGGUUGGAUGGGUCAGGUGUGGACGUCCUGCGCGCAUGCAGGCACUCGCCGCGUGCUCAUUGGCUCCUGCAUGUCAGUCACACCGCGUGCGUGCGCACACACCAACGCUGUUCGUGUGCCCCCUCUCGCAGUACUUAUCGCAUACGCACAGUCCUCUCUCUCCUCCCCUACCUCCUUCUCCAUCGAGACCUCCUCUCGCAUGUGCAUUCUCAUUUGCUCCCCCCUUUAG